AUGCGCCCUUCUUCGUCUCCCGCUGCCAUGGCUCUCUUGAGAUCCAUGCUCUCACGGGUACCGACAGAAAGACCCGUCUUCUGCCUAGCUCGGCGCUCACUACAGUCAACCUCUCGGGUCUGGAGAGAUCCCAUACCUAUACCGACAGCAGACCCGACACCGCCCUCUGCAAUCGAACCACCACUCCCUCUUCCUAGAUCCCUCUCUCCGACUCGUGCCCUGCUACUUUUAUCAGUGCCAUACCCGCCAUCGACAUGGCCGUCCCACUUGGAAAUGGCCUCUCCCUUACUGGCCACGGCCUCGGCACACUUGAAAUCCAAGGGAAUCGGAGUGAACGUAGUGUAUGAUCAGUCAUUACCUGUUCCCGAAAGCGGUAUGCUAGGCAUGGGUGAGGAAAAAUACCAAGCCAGGCUUUACUGGGCAGAUGGGCGCAUACGCGUUUGGGGUAGAUUUUCUAUGGCUACUCUUUCAUCGGCAGAUCUCGAGAAGGAGCUGGCCUAUACGCCUUCCAUCGCCGCGGAGGGCUGGCCACUGCUGGCGACUUCUGCCAAAAGACGGCCCAAAGAGAUCCUGAUAUGCACUCAUGGCGCGAGGGACUGCAGAUGCCAUGAUAAGGGCGUGCCGUUGUUGGAAGCCCUUAGAGAGGAGGUGAGAAAGAAGGGGUUGGAGAACGAGGUCAAGAUCGGAGAGGUUGCACAUGUGGGAGGCCACAAAUACGCUGCCAACGCCAUUCUUCUGCCCACUAUGGACAUGCUCUCCAAUUUGACAGCAAAAGACGCCCCUCAGGUACUGUCUCAACUCUUGACUCUUACUGCCCAUGCUCUGUCGCCAGACAAGGGAAACGGUACACAUUUGUGGUCACAUUGGAGAGGCAGAUAUGGCCUCACUGGAGAUCAGCAGGCCAAGCUUUGGAGUACAGUCGACCCCAACGCAAAAAAAGUUCAAGAUCAGAGGGAGACUGUCCAGCUCAGAUUCAGGACUUUUGAGGGCGAGGAGAGAUUAGUGCAAGGGAAGGUUGGCGAAAAUCUACUGGAAGUCGGGAAGGCAAACGAUCUGCCUUCGCUAGAAGGGGUAUGCGGCGGUAAUCUGGAAUGUGCUACCUGCCACCUGUAUAUCAGUGCGAGCCCAGCAGCUCCAGUUCCUGAUCCUUCAGAGACCGAGAUGGAUAUGAUGGGAUAUGCUAUAGGAUACAAGGAGGGAGAGAGCAGACUAGGCUGCCAAGUGAAGGUAACCGCGGGAUUGGGCGAGUGGUGUAAGAACGGCGGUGUCAUUGGACUACCAAGAUUCUAG